GGCUAAAAACAGCGACUCUAUGCGAUUUUAAAAUCAGGCAAUCGCCGGGGCAGCCGUGCCCCGUGCAGCCGUGCUGGAGGAUGAACGUGUGGAUGUUGAGUUGGCACUUUGGCUUCAGUGUAAUUUACUUUUCGCCGCCGUGUUUGUGGUUUUUUCUUUCGACCUGACUCCAGCUGCGCUGCGGACGUUUUGGAUUCAAGCGUAGCGAACACGCAGUGAGCGUCAGCUGUGCGCAGAGAGCGUGUGGUUGUGUGCGGCUGCAGCAGCCUGGGUUCACCGCGGUGCUCAGAGGGAACUCAUCCCAUCAGGCUGCGAUCACCAAGCACUGUCAGAGUUUCACCACAGGAGCUGGGGACUCGGAUGCGGCUGUCAUGACGCUGAGGAGGGUAAACGUGGUCAUCCUGCUGCUGCUGGCUGUGGCCUUCCUGAUCAUAGUCCAACGAAAUCUCCUCAACCUCAGCGACUUUCUACAUAAGGAAAACCCAGAUGCAGGGGCGAUUCUUCCCUUCGAGGCCGAGCUGUCUCCGGCCCUUAAGCUGGAGUUGGCGAGGAAAGGAGAGGAGAUUCCCGUCCUCAUCACUGCAGCUGAGGAGAGACUCGGUGCUGUGGUUGCUGCCAUGAACAGUGUCUAUCAGAACAGUAAAGCCAAUGUUGUCUUCACCAUUGUGACCUUGAAUGACACAGUGGAACACCUUAAAGCGUGGCUUAGUGAGACCAAGCUGAAAAACAUCAACUACAAGAUAGUUGUUUUCAAACCUGAGCUUCUCAGUGGGAAGAUAUCUAAAGAUCCUCAGACACAGGAGGCUGCAAAACUGGGCGGGCAGUUGACGUUUGCCAGGUUUUACCUGCCUGUGUUCAUACCUGAGGCAGAGAAAGCCAUUUACUUGGAUGAUGAUAUCAUUGUACAAGGGAACAUUCAAGAGCUUUAUGACACCAACCUCAAAUCAGGACAUGCAGCUGCCUUCUCAGACGACUGUGAUUCAGCCUCUGCUAAGGGGAUUGUGCGAGGGGCUGGAAACCAGAACAACUAUAUAGGUUUCCUGGACUUCAAGAAGGGGUCAAUAAAGAAGCUGGGGAUGAGGGCCAAUACAUGCUCCUUCAACCCGGGGGUCAUCCUCGCCAACCUGACUGAGUGGAAGAACCAGAACAUCACCCAACGAUUGGAGCACUGGAUGGAGCUGAACACACAGGAGGAUCUGUACAGUGAAACAAUGGCAGAGAGCAUAAUUACUCCUCCUCUCCUCAUUGUUUUCUACAAACGUCACUCCAACAUUGACCCCAUGUGGCAUGUCAGGCACCUCGGUAACACAGGCGCUGGGAACCGCUACUCCCCACAGUUUGUAAAGGCUGCCAAACUCCUCCACUGGAAUGGACACUAUAAGCCCUGGGGCAGAACAUCUUCUUUUUCUGAUGUGUGGGACAAAUGGUUUAUUCCAGACCCCACGGGAAAAUUUCAUCCUGUGCGACGACACGAGGGGGACAGCUAGACUGACAAAACAGGACCAGCCAAGUCCACAGCUCAGACCACGCAUUGUGAUACCUCAGGAACUACGUAAGGCCUUGUCACUAGUCAACUCUCCGUUUGAAUUCUGCCAUAUCAUCCUCUGAACAUGUUAACCUGUGUAGCUACUUUUCGCUCAUACAAAGCUCCCCUUAUUGCUUCCCUUGAUAUUGCUUUAACUCUCAUUUCUCAAAAAUAUUCUGAUUAACGUUUGAAACCUGAGUGUUUUGCUUAAGAGGCAUACACUGUUUUCAGUGUUUUACCCUGAGCAACAUUAAGGUGUUGCACCUGAACACUGUGAUAUGAAUAGAAAUGAGUGCAUCACCCCAGCCAGAAGUAAUUAAUCUGUGACGUCACUUCAACAUCACUUUGUACGACUUUGCUCAUUUUAAUCUCAGCAGGUUUGUUUCCCUGCAGCAGCUGGAUGGUGAACUUACUUUAUUUAAAUACUAAAUGCAUUUUAAUGUUACCUCAGAUCUAAUCAUGCAGAGAAAUUUAUACCUGCUUAAAAAAUGUUCCCUUCAGAUUUCAGAUAGUCUGAAAUGUCAUCAUACUAAUGCCUCACAUAGUUAAACUCAGUUCACAACUUCCUGUAGAAAAGUCAUGAAUUGUAUUAAAAGCACAUACUAUUUAUCAGCACCUUGUUUUAACACUUAAAGAGUCAUCUGUGCUCAUAACAAUUAGACAAAAGGGACUUGUCUUCCCUGUAACAGCACAUUUCUCUGAAUGAGCCACUAAAUGAAAGUUGUUAAUUUAGUUCAAAUACACUACAGUCAGGCUAAUGGUGCCCCAGCUAUCAUCGUUCAGCCUUUCAUUCCAUUAGUGUGGUUGUUUAUGACUUUAUAUGCAGAUGACUAAGCAAACUGCACCUCAGCAGAAAUGUAAGAACAUAAUGUUUACAUUCCCAUGCUUGAUCCUUUGGAUUUUUUUUUACAUGCUGGAAAGCCUUUACCUUGCUGGUGUAAAUACUUUUUUAAAGUGCAAAAAUAAAACAUACAUUUUU